AUGGAUCGAUUUUCCCGCACCAGAGAGUACUAUCUACGAGGCACGCAUCGAGAUUGCCCGUCCGAAACGCCCUCAGCACCUCCAGUGGCGGAUCUCGCCUUCGACUUCGAUUUCAUGGACUCGAAACUUGACUUGAGCUUUGAUGUUGGAAGCCCUGUUGCUUGGGAUGAUUCGAAGACGAGUUCACUGACUCCGAGUGACACCAACGAGGGCGUAGGUAUGGCUCUUUCAGAUGGAUUGCCCUAUCAACGCCGAGAGCAUCUUGAUCAUCUUGCCACAAGGGAGGACGGACACAAUUGCGGACAGCGACAGAACGAGUGUAUCUCGUCUGGUCCCAUAUACCCGAGUGAAACACAUAUCAAGUUCUCUGGUCGGUGCGAGCGACCGGCCAAAAAUCUCCCGCCUUGCUCGAUCUACUCGAGGGAGUGGAGACAGCGGGUUAGACUAACUGCAACGUCGCCAGAGGAAACUUCUGACCACGUCUCAGCAGAACUUGCAAACUCCUCCUUGAAAGAGACCUCCAACGAUACGACCACACCCGCACCGCCGCAACAGGUUAAAUGGGAUGAAACAGAUCAAGAAUCAGUACCAGUACCAGUACCAGCGCCGGGUCCUAAGGACGUCUACAGGACAAACGAAGGAUGGCCGUUUCCAACUAAUACUUCUCUUGAAGCGGACGUCAAGAAGCACAGAAAGCGUUUUCCUCUACUCAGAAAGUGGCUUUUGCGACCCAAGAAGCAUUUGAACAAGAAAGUCACUCUCUCCAGCGCCGACGCGGGAGUCGAAAAGGUGCCUUUAGACACAAAUACUUCUUGUGCCAACUCUUUGCUCGACACACCAAAUCCGCAACCAUUUCCACGGAUUGGUAACGCUCUUCGCAAGCGGGUAGCGCAGAAGCAGGCCGUAGCUCAAGAUCAAAUUUCUCUACCGCGCCGCCCAACAGGAUCGCUCCGUGGAGGAGGUAAUCUCAAUUCCAUCCAGAAAGGUCGCCAAUGGGACAAUGAUCAGGGUGCGUAUAACCGUCGCGGACGCGACGCGGACCGCCAUGAAUCCUCAGGUGGUAUCGCUUCCGUCGUCAGCCUCGUCACCCUAGAUCCCCCCGAGAUCAACCUCAAAACCGGAACCAGCAUGGGACUGACGGCUUUCAGCCACCUACACAAACGCGUCCAGACAAUCCGCAGACGGGCACUCAGGUACAACGGAGGCCCAACAGAGGCAUACAAAGCCAUGAAGAUGACAGAAGAGGAUCGAAGCCAGAGCGACAAACACGGGCACCGGCUUACCAAAGACCUGAACGCCCAAAGAAACCAGGUCACAGAGCCUCCCGCCCAACUGCCUCGUGCCAGGCAGAUGACGCCACUCGUCAAGAACUGUCUGAAGAGUGCAUGA